CAACGCAAUGUGAAUCCUCCAUUAGUUAAGUUCUGCGGAUUUGUGCAUCGCUUGUACCAAGAUGGUCGCCACUUGUUAAUAACGUAUUUUUCUUCGAUCCGACGUGUAUUUUGUAAAAAAAGCUAAGUGCAGUGCCUUUAUACAAUAGUGUGUAUGUGUUACAUAUUUCCACGAAUCGUGUGUCGUGUGUUGAACGAUUCAGUAUUCUGCGAUCUUGGAAUGUUUCGUUUUCAAAUGUUCCUCGACGGAAUGCCGAGACUCUGAGAUGCCGAGAGGCGGAAUAAUCAUCCGUCACCAGCCAUGUUCGACGGGUGUUCUUUUGUUGUGACAGUCGUGAUAUAAUAUUCUUCGUGCAGCGCAACGCCACAUCAAAGCAACUUCGCGCACGCAUCAACGUUUCCUGAUUUCUUUCGGGCAUCUUAAUAGUAUUUGCUUACCAUCAUUAAGUAGAUUAAAUGAAAGGUCGGUAGCAGUAGUAGAGGUGAGGAGAGGUGGAACUCAAAGAAGGGAUGAAUGGAACAGCAGCGUUGCGACGCAGCGUUGGAGCUGGGGCAGGCGCUAUUGGUGGUGGGGCUGCUGAGCCAGCACCUAUUGCCACGCUUGUCGUAUAUAAAGACGAUGCUGGAUUUGGAAUGAAAGUUUCUGGUGACAAUCCAGUUUAUGUCCAAUCCGUAAAAGAAGGUGGAGCAGCAGCAAGAGCGGGUCUUCACGCGGGUGACAAAAUAAUUAAGGUAAAUGGUGUUAAUGUGACGCACUCUACACAUACUGACGUGGUCCAGCUCAUAAAAUCAUCGACACAAGUGGUACUGACAGUACAGCAGAAACCAAUGACGAGUAGUACAGUGGCAGUAGUCGCGACAGCGACAGCUACAUCAACAACAGCAACAACAACUUCCGGUUUACAAGUCGGAGUUGGUGUGGGAGCCGCCACUAUCACCAUCACUACCACCAGUGCUACCAUCACUAGCACUACAGCCACCGCUGCAGUGAAUCAACAACAUCAACGGCCGAUCAGCCUAUCAGCAGCUGGAAACAUGUCACCUUCACAACCGGCGAUUUCUUUGCAUAGAGCAUCCACCGCACCUGCUGGUGGAGCCCCAUGUAAUGCUCGAAUUACAGGCCCGCAACCAGUUGAUCAUGAAAAGAAGCGGCAAUUGGAAACGCAAAGAGUUCAUACCUUCCAACUUAUGUUGGAGAAAGAACAAAGUUACGUGGAUAAAUUACGAAGCGAAUUAGCUAAGACUGGCACUGGCAGUAGCAGUGGUAGUGUCAAUGUCACGGCUUUGCAGACUGAACUGUCGGGUGCUGAAAGAAGAGUACGCACUUUGCAGGAACAACUUGCAGCAAUUACAACUAAUGAACAGCUUUGCUCAUUGGUAACAAACACUCCGUACUCCUCGGGCUAUUAUCCACCUUCGAAUCUAAACAACGGCAGUGGUACAGAUAUACCACCUCCAUUGCCGUCGCGAAAAUCCUUGUCCAUGCAAAGUCUGUCUCCACCGCCUUUGCCUCCCAGACCUGUCACAAACACGCACAACACAGCCCAGCUGGAGCUGGAUCGACAUCUGCUGACUCAUUUAAUGCCUUCAAUCGUCAGUCAUGGUAUUCCUAACUCUUUUUCUCAGGAUGUCAAUUUAAGUGCCUCGAAUGCGCUUGCCAAACAUCAACGAACAAAGUCAAGUCCGGAACAGUUAGGAAUCGCAACGAUGUCGCCGUCGGAAGCUAGCAAACGUUUAAUUGCUUCUGAAUCAAUGAACGAUCUGUCACCUCCGAAACACGUCGGAUACAGUGAUAUCGAUAUAAAGGAAUUGUCGCAUAUUACACCACCGGGUACUCCGCCGCCACCAUAUCCGGUUUCUACUUUGGGACAGGAUAUCUACUCAUCCACGCUAAAUGAUACGCUUGGUAGCGACUCCAUUCCUGGAUUACCAGCGUUCCAACAACCAAUUAUGUCAAUGGAAGAAGACGACGUUAGCGAUCAAGAAAUUGGUCAGUUAGAAGAUCACGGCCCGUUCCAAUCUUUAUCCAGGCUGUGGGGACAUCAUGCACAUCUUGCUGUAUUUAUUAAUUAUGUUUUAUCCAACAGUGAUCCUUCUAGUCUGUUAUUUUAUUUAGUAACGGAUUUGUACAAGGAAGGGAACGCCAAAGAAAUGAAAAAAUGGGCAUAUGAAAUACAUUCUAGUUUUUUAGUACCUGGUGCGCCGUUACGUCUCCAUAAUGUAGAUGAGAAUGUCGCAAAUGAGAUAGACGAUGUCCUCUUGAAGGAGUCUGACAAGGAAGAAAUUCUGAGAAAGAUAUUUUGGAAGGCACGUACUAGAGCUAAGGAAGAAUUGAAUGAACAGCUGAUGCAUUUCCAACAGAAACGGACCGCAGGAUUGGCUACAAUCUUUGGUCCGACUGACAAUUCGCUUGACGAAAGUAUAUCCGACAAAGUACGCGAAAUAAAAAUUAUUGAAACGUAUCUCCUACCGAAAAUGGAACCUUACCUAGAAGAUAUAGAAAAGGAGCAUGUAGAUCUUCGUUUGUUCACAACAGCGGCUGGUCUAGCUACAAUAUUGAUAAAGAUCUUCCAAUUACGACCAGUGUGGGCUGAUCGAGUACCCACUUUCGUCGCGAAAGAUAAGUCCAACAUCAAAGCACGUUUGCUUACUGGUAAAACACGCAAGAUGACUAUCAGAGGACAUCAUUUUGUGGCACAUCAAUAUUUUACGAUAACAUAUUGUAAUCACUGCCAACUUAUCAUCGGUGGCAUCGGUCCUCAGGGAUAUUUGUGUAGUGAUUGUUCUCUCAGCGUACAUCGACAAUGUGUUCGUGUAGUAGAGGAAAAUUGCCCGGGUCCAUUGAUGAGGAAGGAAAGAACCAAUGAUAGAAUCAGUAAGUUGAUGGAGCGCAUUCGACCUGAGAGGAAACCUCCCUCAUCUCAUCAUCAUCAUCAUUCGCAGAACCAUAUGUUGCAUCUGGAAAAAAACAAAAGAAGUGAAGAAGAUUCUGGUGCAUUGACAGAUGGAGAAAGCAGUGAACAACGUGCAAGCAGUUUAACUGGCAAUGUUCGUAUUACUUACGAGAGAGCACGAAUUUCUGGUUUAGGAGGAACUAGCGAUCAUGCUGAUAGCAUAGAACAUCCUUCUUCACGAGAAGAUAUUUCUGAGAUGGUCCAGCAAAAUAUUACCAGUAAGCCAAAGGCGUCAAACAUCAAUAGAUCUGAAAGUUACAAGGAGCGGAUACAUCAUAAGCGACAGUUGAGGGAAAAAAGGAAGACCAGUGAUCCCAAUCUCUCCAAAACAAAGUGAGUUGCACAAUAUUUUAUAUUUAAUA